GUCGACGAUCUUUUGAGAAAGCCCCCAACAACAAGAUGGCGCCUCGUUCUUACUCGAAGACCGCUAAGGUCCCCCGUCGCCCUUUCGAGGCCGCUCGUUUGGACUCCGAGUUGAAGCUCGUUGGCGAGUAUGGUCUUCGCAACAAGCGUGAGGUCUGGCGUGUGCUCUUGACCCUCUCCAAGAUCCGUCGUGCUGCCCGUCAGCUUCUUACCCUCGACGAGAAGGACCCCAAGCGUCUUUUCGAAGGCAAUGCCCUCAUUCGCCGUCUCGUUCGCGUUGGUGUCCUUGACGAGUCCCGCAUGAAGCUCGAUUACGUCCUUGCCCUCAAGGCUGAGGAUUUCCUUGAGCGUCGUCUCCAGACCUGCGUCUACAAGCUCGGCCUCGCCAAGUCCAUCCACCACGCUCGUGUCCUCAUUCGCCAGCGCCACAUCCGCGUCGGCAAGCAGAUCGUCAACGUCCCCUCUUUCGUUGUCCGUCUCGACUCUCAGAAGCACAUCGACUUCGCCCUCACCUCUCCCUUCGGUGGCGGUCGCCCCGGCCGUGUCCGCAGAAAGAAGGCCAAGGCCGCCGAGGGCGGUGAGGCCGCUGAGGAGGAGGAUGAGGAGUAAAUUUGAGGCGCCUAUCUUGGUGGGCUGGGUUUCAGGUGCAUAGCAUCGGCUAGUAGGAACACAGGUCUUGGAAGGUUCAUUUUGCCUUAACCUACAUUAUGAUCACGGUGUCCAUGUAGUCAGGGAUCAAAUGCAUGCACGGUUGGCACUGAAAUAUGUGCCUGGAAGCUAAGAAACCUCCGGAUCUGAAGGCACCACCUUUCAAGUCUCAAUUAUACACCAUCUUCUUGUUGCAUGCUCA